AGUCUCCUAUCUUCACUCGCACGUUUGCCGUCAGUCGUUGGAGGAACUCUAGGCGGAUUUCAAUGCUGCUGUUUUGUUCAAGAAAAGCUGCUCUUUUUCUUUCUUCUCACCUUUUUUUGUAGAAUAAAAAAUAAAAAAAGCGCGAGUAGUGACAGGUUUCGUUCAUUUGUGUGCCGUUUUAUUGCGAUCGACAUGAAGAAACGCGAAAUAAAGCAUCCAAAGUGGCUGAAGGACUGACUAGGAUUGCCUCCUGCUCUCACUCCACCACGCACCGGCACAUUUGGAAGCACAGCUGCGAUGGCCAAGUGGCUGAAAGACUACCUGAGCUUUGGCAGCCGGAAGGUGCCUCCACAGCCGCCCACACCAGACUACACAGAGAGCGAGAUCCUCAAAGCCUACCGGCUCCAGAGGGACCUGGACUUUGAGGAUCCUUAUGAGGACUCCGAAAACAGGUCCAGGGUCGAGUCUGGCACUUCUGACCCUGCCACACCUGUGUACGGGUCCCCUAUGAAAUCAUCCAGUGUGGACAUGAAAUCUCCCAAACACAGACUGAUCAAAGUGGACUCCCAGGAGCUGGGUCGCACCAAGAUCCUCCUCAGUGCCAUCUCUUUAGAGGACCAGCAAGAGCCUGUGGUGCCGUCUGCUCCAUUGGCAGGUGACACAGAUUAUUCAGACCCAUUCGAUGUCCGCUUGGACCACAGGCCAGAACCAGAUCUCGGACCUGUUCCCUGUGAGAAUAAUGGCUACAUGGAACCAUAUGAGGCGCAGAGGGUCAUAACAGAACUGCAGCGCGGCCCAGGAGGAGGACGACCGCGGGGUGGGGUGCAGCUUUACGACACCCCCUAUGAAGAUGAGAGAGGCCAGCGACUAGGUCUGUUGUAUGCAGAACCUCAGGAGGAAGGCAAGGAGAGCAGCAGGCUGCCGCAAGAUGAUGAGAGACCGGCUGAUGAGUAUGACCAACCCUGGGAAUGGAAGAAGGAUCACAUCUCCAAAGCUUUUGCAGAAAUGAGGGAGUUGCCGGAGUUGCCCUGGCCUGCCCCAGUGGGUCAGCUGGAGGAGGAGCCCCCCGUCAGAGAGCAAGUACAAUUCGAUGGUGCAGAGUGGGACCGUUCCUCGUCGCCCACAGAGCGGUUACGUCCUCCAGGCCCCAGGUCGAGCCCGCUGGCAGGAGGGGGGAUGAAAUUUCGAAUGCCGCAGGAAGGCCUCACCAUGGUGGGGGAGAGAGUGGAUCCUACUCUGCCUCUGGAGAAACAGGUAUGGUACCACGGUUCACUGUCACGUUCAGAGGCAGAGACGCUGCUAACGCUGUGUAAGGAGUGUAGCUACCUGGUGAGGAACAGUCAAACCAACCGCUCUGACUACUCCCUGUCUCUACGGAGCUGCCAGGGUUUCAUGCACAUGAAGUUCACCCAGUGCAAAGAUGGCAAGUACGUGCUGGGACAGAACAGCGCUCCGUUUGACACCAUCCCGGAAGUCAUCCACUUCUACACCACACACAAACUCCCAAUCCGAGGUGCCGAGCACUUGUCCCUGCUGUUCCCUGUGCUGGUGCAGACACUCUGACUGACCCUCCAGGAUUUCAUUUUGAUCAGACACGUAAAACUUGAAUGUUUGACAGGAUCUUCCAAGCGGAGAACUAUUACUCUCAUCUUGUUGGAUUGGACUGCUUUUGAUGAUUCAACACACCAGGGGCUAAUGCCCUUAUCCACCACUGCUGUUGUACCUGUGCCAAGUGUCUCUAACAUCCGGAGGAUUGAUUCACAUGAAAUUCAAAACCUAAACAUUAGGCCACCUUAGCUGUAAGUCCUCUCACUCAUCUCAUUGCCAAACCAAAGGGGCUGACUUCAGGACAUCUGACGUUCUCUCUCUCUCCUUAAUACAGCUGACUGAAAUGAACCGGAAAUUAGCAGAGCUGUAGUAGGGAGAAAGUCUUUGUGUUCUGAGUGUGCUGAUGCCCCAGUUUACAGAAGACCUGCAAGAAGAUUCAGAUUUAAUUACUGCUGUUUCACAAAAAACACCUCUUUGACACUGGUUAAAAAAAAAAAAAAAGAAAGAAAUAUUGCUGUUGUUAG